AGCCUAGAAAAAAGGGGGUGUGGUCUGUGGUGUUGCGUGAAGGGCGAAGAGCAGAAAUAUAGCAAGGGAGGCGAAGCGGACACACUGCGCACGUUAGCACGUGCGCAGUGUGCAGGGAGGAAGAAGGAGAUAAUGGCCGAUCUCUUCGUGUGGCUCAUCUCCUUCUUCCUCCUUAUCGCCCUGCUUGUGCUCAUCACGUUCCAGCUAAUGUGCCUCGCAGACCUAGAAUUUGAUUAUAUAAAUCCCUAUGACUCUUCCACGCGAAUAAAUAGGGUCGUUAUGCCUGAAUUUAUUACGCAAGCUGUCCUAUGUUUCUUCUACCUUGUUACCAGGCAUUGGAUCAUGGCUCUCUUCUGUGUUCCUUAUCUCCUUUUCAAUAUCCGAUUGUAUCGACGAAGAAUGCAUUUGAUUGAUGUUACUGAGAUAUUCAAUUUGCUCUCUUGGGAAAAGAAGCAGCGGCUUAUCAAACUCUUCUAUCUUGUUUUUAUCCUUUUCCUCUCUGUAUUUUGGAUGAUUUACACAUCAUUGGGUCAGUAAUUGCAUUUGGUUGCUUUUAUUGUUGAGUGCUGCAAACUCCUCGAGUUGAGGCAACAGUUAAUUUCUUGUCGUAUACAAUUCUAUUAUGAUUAACGUGUACUUUAGGGGGGGGGAAAAGUUCAAGGGAGAGAUUGUCUUUUGAAGGAAGAAGGUUGAAUCGGCAUCGGCAUGGCAAUUCAUGUUCAUUCAGAAUCGAACCCUUGGUUUAAUCUGUCUAAAACAAGAUUGAACCUUCUGGAAUAGCGCAAUGUUGGGUUACGGGAAUCUUGUGUACUGGAAUCUGCUGCAGGGGUUAGCUACAUCAUUGAACAGAUAAACUGAUGCAAACAGUAUAAAUUUUCACUUUUUCAUGUAUGAGCUACAAAUAAGCGAGGUCUCAGAUUGAAACGGUUUCAACACUCCUGGUGAGGGAACUUGGUGUUGUGUUUCAAUUUGUUAUCUUUAAUCUGUAUACAGCUUACACAUUUAAAAGAAAUUGACUUGCAUCUUCAAUCUGAAUUA